AUGCCGGUGGACCACAAGGAGCACAGCAGCGCUCGCACGGCUUUCUUCUGCGACGUCAGCUCCUCGGCCCUGCUGCAAGUGAUUAAACUCCUCUUGGAGGUUAAACAACAGCAGCGUGUCCACCAGAGAAGGGUCGUUAGGCUGCUGGAGCGCCAAUCGGAGAGGUUGGAGCGCCUUGAGGCGCUGACCGGAGCAGCUUCCCCUCCUCCAGCUCCAAGUCCGGUGGCGCCUCCGAAGCUGCCGGCGGAAACCAUUGAGGAGUUUGAAGCUGCCGAGGAAGCCCUCAAGGACGAGAGUGUGUCCACUGCCUUGCAUCGCCAGCUGGCCCGCUUGGGCGGUACCAAUUUCAGGGAGGUGGCAACGGGCGUCAUGAAGGCCAUCAUGACACCUACCGUGCAGCGCCUUUACAGCCUGCACGGAAAGAAAGGAAAGAAGGCCUUCUUGACGACGAGGCUGUGCAAGGUGGCCACAGAUGUUGUCUGCGAGAAGCAGCAGGGGGUGGACAUCGCUGAUGUCCACGCUUUUAUGCGAAGGUGGCUGCCGGGGUCGUGUGACCGAGGCGGCGGAAGGAAAAGGAGAUUCGAAGAUUCCCUUCUGCUGCCUGGGCCACAUGGACCCGUGCAGUCCACGUCCACCCCCGAACCAACAAGCCACCUGCCGGCUCCCGCUGCCACCCCCUGCUCGGGCACUGCGACCCCCUGCUCGAGCGCGGGCGCUGCGAUGCCCUCCUCGGGCACGAGCGCUGCGACCUGCUGA